AUCUCCUGAAGGCGAGGAAACUCAAGGCUACGACCAUAGCUGUAGAAGGAGUGUGUGUGGGUGUGGAGUCACGGACACCCAGGCCUACGCUAGCUGCUGCAACUUCCUCAUUACAGGAUCGCUGUCGAUACAACGAAUUCUAAUAGAUAGCUGAUUGCAAAUUCUAUGAAGAUGAAGAAAGUUAUAGUUGUAUUAUUGCAACUGCAGUAACUGUCAGUAUUCAUGUAUAGGAAAUUUUGUGUGGAUGUGAAUCUAUAGGAAAAGAUUAAAUAAAAGUACCAGUGAGCCAGACUAUCGUUUAUGCCUUAGAGACAAUAGUGAUUUAAAAAGAGAGAAAAGGAUAAUACGCAUACAUACAUACAUGCAGAUACCAGUGAAAACUAAACGAAAGAAUUAUAAUAGAACUGAAAAGAGGGAAAAGAUAUAGAACCUAAAAACGAAAAUAAAGAACUGGAUAUUUACACUCCUCAAGUCUUUCCUACAACAAUAUGCUAACCUGUAGACCGCCAAGUAUAUAGUAGAAAUAUCCAAGACACGAGAGAAAAAAAAUAUCUAUAUAUAUAAAAAGAAAACCCACCUUGCAAAAUCUACUUCCUUGUACGACCGAGGCCCCAAGACCAUGAAGCCCGACCACUGCAUUGACCGCGCUCGAUGAAAGAAAAGGCGCGGACGAAAAAGUAAUCAAUCCCUCCCCCCCCUUUUUUGGACUGUUCCGUGGACUUUGGAGGAAUCUAUUUCCAUCCCACCUGUGCUCCACCUGUCAGCCGGUCGGUGAUCAGAAAUGGUGGAACUGGUGGAGCGGGUUGAGAACUACAAGGAUACCACGUUUAAGUACCAUCACCCAUACCUACCACACGGGAGCUCCAACAACGAGAUCUCAGAGAUGUGGCAGGAUAUCGAGACACUUCUUAUGACGGAGGCGAGCCCAGUGGUGGGCCCUCUGGGUACGCCCCCGCCCUCCUACCAAUACACCCACACCUUCGCGCCCACGCCGCCCCCGCACCCGAUAACCUCACCGCCGCCCAGACUUCAAGAGGACCUGAAGACGAAGGUCGUGCAGAAGGCCUCCCCGGGCACGGUGCUUCCCGUCCCCCCCUCCCCCACUUCCAGUUCCGGCACCACCCCGUCUACCCCGCAGCCCCCCCUCGUGCACUCCCCCACACAGCCGCAGGCCCCACAGCCGCAGCCGCAGCCCGCACCGCAGCACCAGCCGCAGCCACAGCAGCCGCAGUCCCAGUCACAACAGACACAUGCCACUUUCGUCCCGACGUUUGACGCAAAGGACAAGACGAUACAGCAGACUCCUUCCCCGACGCAGCCUCAGCAGCAGGCCCCUCCCCCUCCGCCCCCUCCUCCCCCACCCCCGUCGGCACAGCAGGCGCCGCAGCCCGAGCAGCCUCCCCAGGCGGUGAGGCUUCCGGAGGCGGCCCAGGUGGUUCCGACCAGCCGGCCCCUGCCGUCCCCCUCCAGCGUCGUGGCCUCCGUCACCACCGUCACAGCCUCGACCGCCGUCACACCAGUACAGGCCGCACCGGGCUAUCACCAGUACUUGGACCCGAAGUACCAGUGCCUUGAACAGAAGUACCAAGACAGCAAGUACCAGUGCACGGAUACCAAAUUCACCUUGCAAGACCCAGCCAAAUACCAGUGCGUCGACCCCAAGUUCGUCUCCACAGAUCCCAAGUACACCGUGGUACAGGAGCCCAAGUACACUGUGCCGGAAUCGGACUUCCUCGUCCCCGACCCCAAGUACGUCACGCUGGAUCCCAAAUUCCAGUGUUCGGAUCCCAAGUUCGGGAGCUACACCACCGUGCCCAUAAAGCCGGAGGGCAGGUACGAGCCGCAGCCCGACAUGAGCACCGGGGUCAGCACGGGCGUGGUCAACUGGAACGUGGACAGUUCGGUGUACUCUUGCAAGGACUGCCCCGUGCCGUCCACGCCGGCGCAGUAUACCCCUACCUCGUACGUGACUGAGUACAGCACACCUUACUACACACCUUCUUACUCCAUGUACAGUUCGGGAGCUCCUCCGUCGUGGGGAAUUCCUAGUAACCAGAUGGGCGUGAGCACGUAUCAGUACAGCACGCCCAUGCCGCCCCUCUCCAUGCCCCUCAGCGAGCCCCCGCCGCCCCCGCCCAAGCCCCGCCGCAGGAGAGCUAAGAGGAAGGUCACGAUACACAGCUGCCCCUACGAAGGCUGCACCAAGACGUACAUCAAGUCCUCGCACCUGAAGGCGCACCUGAGGACCCACACGGGCGAGAAGCCGUACUUGUGCUCCUGGAAAGGCUGCGGCUGGAAGUUCGCUCGUUCCGACGAGCUCACGAGACACUACAGAAAGCACACGGGAGACAGACCCUUCCAGUGCCGCCUGUGCGAGCGCGCCUUCUCCCGCUCCGACCAUCUCAGUCUGCACAUGAAGCGUCAUAUAGCCAUCUAAGAGAAUUUUCUUCACCUCAUAGUGUCUUCUUCUUGUUCCCACCAAGAAGCCUUUGUUCCGACGGCUCACAUAUGUAAAAAAAAGAAAAAGAAAAAAAAAAUGUAUAUCUACAAUAGUGAAGCAUAUCUUUCGCAGUCGUAAAAAUCUUGCCUGAACGACAAGAUCAAAAUUGAUACCUCAACAACUUUUUUCUCCUACUCCCUCGCCUCAGCUUAACUCCCACCCUAUCCUCCUUCCCCGAUGUACAAAGGUCCCCGAAUGUACUAAUGUCCCUCAGCUCUCGACCCUCUGUUGGCACUAACAUCUACCUCACACUAAAUCGCGGUGACGAACAGGCACUCACCUUGGCAGUGCCACCGUUCUCACCGCCUCAUGCUGUGCUCCCCGAAGAACUGAUUUCGAUCGGUUCGGUUGGUCUGUAUUACGUCUUUCCCUCUCUUUGAAGACGAAAGAGAGGGGAAAUCAGCUUGAUAUGGAUUCAUAUGUGCGUGGUUCUGUGAUCCCCUUUAUACGUGUUAUAUAAAGGAUUAAUCAGGUGCGUUCUGGUUCAUGCGUUUGUUCUCUUGGUCAAAGUAACCGCGAUCUAAGAAGAACACGGGAAAGAAAAAGAUUUGCAAGAAUUCUGUGCAGGCACCGGAUUUGGCUAGGACUCCAUUGCCUGCCGGAAGAUUGAUUAUGCAGAAUAGUAUUAAGUCAGAUGCUAUUUCUUAUAAAGGGUCAGAUCUUAGUCAGGAGAUAGAUAGUUCGCAAAUACUCCCCCGCUGCAAUAUGCCACUUGCAUACGUUGUUAUUACAACGACGAGUAGAUUUGUAUCUUGGUUUUGUGUGCAACUUUAGGGAAUUAUUAACAGAGUGUGAUACAUAUUCUUGGUUCCGUCCUCAGAAAAAGGCAAUGCUUCUGAUAAUUAAAAAAAAAGCAGUAUGUGCUGAAGAACGACUGCACCUGUUCAAAACUAAACACGGAAAACAUUGGGUCAAUUAGUGCAGCUCUAGUCACAGGAGAGGAUGCAAUGCCUGGUCGUUGCGUCAAGGCAGUGUGAAGUGGAAUCACGAAAGGUGAUGACUCUAGUACUUCCGAAAAAAAAACAAACAUUAAAGAUCAUUUGGAUAGUGAUUUUUUUGCUAAAAAUUAUGUACAUAUAUGUAAGCAUACACAUAGGCAUUCAUUAAUGUAUACACAGAUAUGCAUUAUUUCAGAUUAUUGAAGAACUCAUUGUGGUCUCGUCUCUAAAUCGUCUGCAUUAGUUUCUCAUAAUGGGCAUAAAAUACUCGUAAUCCCUUUCCCACUAGCAGUCACGCCUCGUUCGGUAAUCGUCGGGCCCCGUCGCCAGCUCCCCCCCCCCCCCUCCCAGCCCCCAGGAAGGCCCUCGACGCCGUCCAGUGUUCUCUCCCGCCUUUGCGCAAAGAAUUUUUUUUAUGUGUUAACCCUCCGGCUAUUUCAAAUGUUUACUAA